AUGAAAUUCACAGAGAAACUCCCGGAUUCUUCUACUGACAUGACCGCUGCGCCACACCUGCACCAGGGCAAACCUCUGCCUGUCCCACUCCUGCUAAACAGGUUGAGUUCCAAGGAUUUCCUGAAGCAGGUGGGAGUAAUAACUGCAGUGUGUAAGGAGAAUGGAAAAUUUGAAGAUGUUGAAGAGAACUGCAUCCUGUUGCCAGUUCAGGAGCUGCUUGACCAGUCUCAGUUCUUGACUGCCACUACAUUGCCAGCAUUUUUGGACCAGCUCAGAAACGUCACUGUCAAUUUUACUGAUGAAGUGAUUACAUCUCCUCCCAACGUUAAGGCGAUUGUGAAAAUACUCACCAAUGUAGCCAACAAAUCUUCAUCAUUAGAUAUCUCAAUUAGCAGAGAUUCAAUGGCGAAUGUCCUGAUAACAUCAGGGAUUCUCACCAUCAAUGGAACAAAGGAAACAUGGAACAUUCUGAACAACAAUGACACUAAAAACAAUAUCUCAAACAACACUGAUGCUGAAAGUGUCAGCUCAUCAUUAUUGGAGUCUCUUGAAAAAAUAACAACUCAUCUUGUCAAUACAACUUUUGACAUUGUGACACCAUCUAUUCUGUUAAACAGAACUACAUUCACAGACACUUUCAAUGCUAAAUUUAAUUCUUCAGUGGCAAUAGAAAUACCAGAGGCUGAUGGAACAAGAAAAACAAUCACUACGAUACUAUUUGACUCAUUAGAUAACGUACUCCCUGCAAGAGAUCAGGUCAAUUCAUCGCUCAACUCUAUAAACGGCAGGGUUGUACUUGUUCAGUCCAGUGGCCAAAUCAAUAAUAUCUCUUUCACGUUUGAUACUUUAAAUGAUACACUGGGAAACCCUGAAUGUGUCUUCUGGAACUUUAGCCUCUUUAAUGGUCUCGGAGGAUGGGACAACGAGGGCUGUGAGGUAGUGUUAAAUGUAAAUGAAACUGGAACUGUCACCUGCAACUGCAACCACCUGACAUCAUUCUCCAUCCUCAUGUCACCAAACAGUCCGAUUAGCAUAAUUUUGGAUUAUAUAACCUACAUUGGAGUUGGUAUUUCCAUGAUUUCCUUAAUCUUAUGUCUCAUCAUUGAAGGCCUCAUUUGGAGAAAAAUAAGAAAGAAUGAAACAUCGUACUUGCGUCAUGUUGCCAUAGUCAACAUCGCUGUCUCUCUCCUGAUUGCAGAUAUUUGGUUUAUAAUUGGAGCUGCCAUUUCAGAUGCAAAAGUUAAAAACCCCCCAGCAUGCACUGCAGCUACCUUUUUUAUCCAUUUUUUCUACCUAGCUCUGUUCUUCUGGAUGUUUGCCUCAGCUCUGUUGCUGCUCUACCGUACAACUAAUGUCUUUGGUGGGGGUUUGUCUAAAGCAUCUAUGCUGGCCAUUGGAUUCUCUCUAGGCUACGGAGCUCCUCUCAUCAUAGCAACAGUAACUAUAGCUGCAACUGCACCUGACAACAAAUAUAUCAGAGAAAAUGUAAUCUGCUGGCUCAACUGGGAUGAGUCCAAAGCUCUACUGGCGUUUGUGAUUCCUGCACUUUCAAUAGUGCUGAUAAACCUCAUUAUCCUGGUUGUGGUUUUGUACAAAAUUAUAAGGAGAAGGGUUGGAACAACUGCUGCACAAGCAGGUGAAAGGAGCGUUUUACUGGUUAUUGUCAAGAGUUUGGCUGUGCUUACACCAUUUUUUGGAAUAACUUGGGGUUUGGGAGCUGGACUUCUGGCAGAUCCAACAAACAUAGGAAUCAAUAUUGCAUUCGCAUUCUUCAAUUCGCUACAGGGCUUCUUUAUUUUGGUGUUUGGAACACUGCUGGACGGUAAGCGCAUACCUGUUGAUUUCUACGUGUGUUCCAACUUCCCCGACCUCGAUCCACAGGAAUCUCAACCUCAGUGUCGCAUCCUUGUCUCUUCUGGUCACUGA